AUGGGCGCCUCCGAGGGUGCCGCCCAUGUAGCAGGUGCUAGCCACAGCAGUCGUGUGAACCAGCAUGUGCGUCAGGCACGUGCUCAGCAGGCUUUUGACACGCAGGCCAGCGAGCUCGAGCAGCAGCUGGACGAGCGACUGACGCUUGUUUUCACGUUAAUGCGGCGAGUCAUGGUUCUAGACGCGCGUCUAGCCGCGGGGCUGGCAGCCACCCCGAGCAGCAUCGUGCCGAGCAGCGGUGCGGACCCGGACCGUCAUCGUGAGCUUCUGGUUAGGGAGCUCGAGGAGAGCGAGGAUGCAACGGUCUCUACGUUGCUGCGCUUUGUAAGGCUCGCGAGCCGUCACGCUUUGGAGUGGAUGAAUCGUGGGCAGUACUCUGCGGCCCUGCAACUCCUUCAGCAGACAGACCGGUUGCUGAGCAAGGAUGUUGGUCGAGUGUUUCGGUAUGUACCAGAUCUGCUCGAGCUCGAUGGCCACUCGUUCAGCGGCGUGGCGGGAGGAUGUACGGGUUCUCUCGCUUGUCACGACACAGCCCCCCGGCAACAGCCAGCCGCCGCGUCGGCGCAGGCCAGGAGUCACGACAUGAAAGGACCAGCCGUGCUCACGGCCAACGUCAUCGGUGCCAGGGCCAACCACAUUAGAAGUGCCAACAACGUGCGCAGCAUGAGCGUCCCCUUUUUCUCCCCGUCGCAGGAGCUUCUGCGGCUCGAGGCUGUGGCCGCUGUCGAGCACAACCUCGGCGUCUACCACUUCAAGCUGGGGGAGUACACGCUGGCAAGCGCACGCUUCGCCCGAUCGGCGGCCCUGGAGGAAGAACUUCGGGCACCUGGAAUCGGCAUCACAUACUUCAAUAUGGCGCAGACGCAGCACGGACUUCAGCAGCUGGCCGAGGCGCUGCAGUACGCAGAGAUGGCGGAAGAGGCGGUGGAACGGCAGGUAUUCGUGGCGAAGGACAAGGCAACAAAGAUGCGGCGGCGGCUCACCCAGGGACGCGCAUUCCAGGUAAUGGGCCAUCCGGAUGGCGCGUACGCUGCGGGUGGGGGCGGGGAGGACGACCGCGAGGAGGACGCCGCGGCGGCGAGGAUGUCAGCAGGUGGUCCCCUUUAUGGGGAUGCCGCUGCCAACACCGACGGGAAGGAGGAGAAGGCGCUCAUGCGCAUGUGGCUGGAGUGGCGCGAGAAUGUGUGCUUCUUGUCUCACGUGAAGCAGAAACAUGCGGACUGGCUGGAUGAGAUGGGCCUCUACCAGGCAGCCUACCAGCACUAUCAGCAGGCGCAUAACUGGCUUCUUGCUGUUCCUCGCCUCGCCCCGGAGGAACAGCAGCGCGCGCAGUCGUUGAGGCAAUGCAUGACAGCCAUGAAGAAACGCUGGCGGCGAGAAGAGCUCGAGGUGGAGCUGUACCACCACCCGCUGCGCCGCUCCUCAGCCGCCACCAGCGAGGCUGGGCCAGCAGUGUCGCACCCUUCACACACUGGACGCGCCCGCGCCUCCAGCAAGCACCGCGCGCGUAUGCACCAGCGUCCUCAGCGGUCCCCAGGGGUGUUCUCAGCAGCUGCACCCGUCGCUAGAGACCUCACAUCUCCGUUGCAGGCCACUAUCGUGACAUCAGUGCUGCCGCGCACGGUGGAGGUGAUUGGUAAGCGUCCGCUCCGACCUUCUUUCGCGUGUGACCGUGCUAGCUGCCCUACUUCACACGAGGCGACAUUUCGCCGGUCCUCCGCCACCACCUUCGUGCCGCAGCCCUUGGCAAGUGUACAGACGCGUAGCCGCCCCAGCAGUGCGAGCGCCGCGUUUUACUCUGCGUAUGGUCCACGCCGGCCAUCUGUGUCUUCGCUUCCGCAUCGACACGGCAUCGGAGGCCACGCCACCGCGGCUCCCAAACCGGAUUGCCCACACCUGACGCAUCCACCAUUGGCGCAGCGAGAGCCGCCGCCGCUGCAGCGCCGCGGCGAGAGACCAUUGCGUGAUCCAUCGAUGCGCGUGCCGAUCCCGCCACCAGGUCGACGCACCCGACACCACACGUCAACUGAGCGAGAUGGAUCAGCCGCGCCUGGCCGAUUGCCGCGGCGUAGUUCUGCACCUCUGUCGAAAGACAAGGCAGGAGAGCCGGGGGUGUUCACGACUGCGCAUCUGCCGCCCCGGUCAUCAUCUACUUACUACGAUGCAGGGACGCGGUUCGCCUCUCAGUAUCACCAUUCACCGCCUCACGAGCUGGAGCCGACUAGCAGCACAUCAGUAGAGUCUUGUGUGCUGCGCAGUCUGCUAUUCGAGGCCAAGCCGGAGACGCCAAAGAUGUUGCCGCAUCAUUGCAGAAGUGAACCCUUCGUCCUUGAUGAGCUUAGUGUUAAGAGCAUGACUGAGGCUGCCGCGGUGUCAUCAGCACCGUGGAGCGAAUCUGCUGCGACACCAAAGGGAGAGAGUGCGGGUGCUGGCGUUUCGGACCUCGCCGCAUCCACCUCGUCAGCCGCGGUCACCCCACCCGACCUCACGCCGUGCUUCACUCGAAUUCCCGAUGACUUGACGUGGUGCGCAACCGUGCUGCAAGCCUUUCUGCGACCUCUCUGCCGCCACAGGACCUUGCUGGGCAUGGAGGUGGGGCGGGACCACGAUGAGCACACGGCUAGGUGCCGAGACGCUCUACACUUAGCUCAAGCAUCGUGCCAGACUGAGACGUCAACUGUGAAGCACGCCUCGCAGAGGCGUGCCGCUGACGUGGUCGAGGCAGUGAUGCUCGACGGUGACGACACGCCGAGUGAUGCGCAGCCGCGCUCAUUGUCACCCAAAUCGGUGGCAUCGCUAAUGGCGCCGCAGGGGGAGUCCCGCGUUUCGCAGCCGUUCGGCGUGGGUCUCUCCGGUAUCCUCGUGACGGGUGCUGUAGGCAGCGUCUCUUGCAGCACAAGCGCAGUUCAUCUGUCCUCGUUGGCAGCAUCAUCAUCAUCUUUCGCUGAUGUAGUGCACACACCGGGUGUAGAACGCCAUGCUUCCCGCACACAGGCUGCGGCGGCAGGCGAAGAGGGCGCCAUCGCGGAUGCGCGUCUUGAUGGCGAGGGCGCCUGUAUCCAACUUGCGGCGGUAGAGCACGAGUUGUCAACUGGGACUCUAAGGGGCGGUGUGUCUGAGAGGGAGAACGAAGGCAUUCGCCCCCUAGGGGACGAAUGCGGCAGAGAGGUUGCGGUGGCCGCAAUUGUGGAGUGGAGCAAGUCGCUGAUUCCAUGUGAGAGGGCUGACGAAGGGACGAGGGGUAGCUCAGUCGCCGAGGAGCCUUUCGACACCAAGAGCCCUGGCAGUUUUCACGACGAGACUUUCCACGAUCUGGGAGACAGUGUCGCCGCUGACGCCUCAGCUGCCACAGGCAACUGUGUGAUGAUGCGCAAGCAUGAUGCAGCGACGGCAGCUGCAUCAGCGCCUUCUUCGAUGAAUCGAGGGAAAGUCGAGAGAGAGAUGAAUUACCUUCCCGAUUCAAGUGUUGCCGAUGACGCAGUGGCGUUCAAAGUAGAAUUGCUCGGCUUGGGACAGUGCAGCCGCACGCCGGCAUCGGCAGACGCGUUGACAGGAAGUGGGGGGGCCAGCUUCUAUGGUGCCGGGUGCGCGCGCACGUCUACGGCGAACACUCACGACAUAGAGGAGGCUGAGCACGAAGAGGUGGAGAUGCCCACCGAGGAGCGUGAGAACGCACCAAGCAGCGCUCUCGUAUUGGAGGCAGCCUCCUCGGUGCCCAAGGAGGCGGAGCUCGUCAGCUUCAAUCCACUGCCGCAGCUAGAUGUGAGUGAUGAGCAAGGCAACGUCGUGGCAUUUAUGGAGGCGCAUGCACACGAGGAGGGUCAGCAUCUUGCGUGUGCAGCGGAGCAGAGUGGCCCCUCAGCGCAGCGAAUCGCGUCACCUUCCCGGACGUCACUCGAUGAGGUUCUCAGGGCAGAACGGCCAGAGCCUACCCACGACGAGGCGGCGGUGGCUGACGCGCUUUCAGCGCAUCAGUCGACGGGACUGAGGAAAGUUUUGAACUUAGCUGCCACUCUGGAGGACAGCGCAGGGCUCCCUGCGUCUGCUGCAGAAGACAACGGCGAUGUGCCGAAGCCGCCUUCUCCUUCGCCAGCCUCAUCGGCCGCGCGAAUAGGGAGGAGGACGCCGUCCCUGUCACCACCGGGACCGGAGGGGAGAGGAGAGGGGGGGCUGGAGGCUGUGCCUCCUUCUCCGGCGCUCUCGCCCUCGUCGCACCCAGAGGAAUCGCAAGUGCAACAGGAAGUAAGUCAGUGCGUGGACGAGGCCUACGGAGCGGAUAGUGCGGGACUCGGUGCGGCUUGCGAGACGAAGGCAUGUGACUCUUCCGAAGCUGCGCACAUGACCCUCUCCGACAGAAGUCGCGAGGACGACGUGGGUGACAGAACAGGGGUCAGGGAGGGGAUUCUUUCUGAUUCACCACCACCACUCGCUGCUUUCUCUGCGUCUGCAGAGGACAUUUGCUGCAACAAGAGGGAGGACACUGUUCUGCGUGGCGGGUCAUUAACGCGCGCGUCAGUCUCUGCCGCUGCCAUUCGGUUUACCGCAGACUUGCACGAAGCACGGCAGCCAAUUAGCAGCAGUGCUUCGGUGUGCACAGUCAAUCUGGAAACGGAAGGUGGCAAUGGACCAGUGAGCGAUGGACUGCAAGGAGAGACAGAGGAAGAGGAGGGUGACGCCUUACCCAACGGCAGCGAAGCCGUCCGCGAUGAAGAGGCAUCCUCGACAGAAAGGGAAAAGGGUACCACAGUUGCCCUUGCCGCUUCAGUAGCUUCCCCAACUGCGGAGGCUCAAGAGCAGCUGGCGAGUCCUGCGGCGAACGGCAGCCACCCACCCCAACACGGCCGCGCCGCGACUUUGUUCUCGUUGUUGCCGUCAUCAGAGAACGCAGGACCCAGUCGAGGUGAUUUUUCUGAGACACCGACGCGUGCGGCGAGCGCACCGCACGACGAGGGUGCAGGCCUUCAAAUGGCCGUAGACCACGCCAACACUAAGUCCACAGAGGAGAAGCGAAGUGCAGAGGCGGCGAAGGCGGUAGGGGAAAGGCGGCCUGCAGCGGAGGUGGAAGUUGCCCCGCAACCUCUGGCGGCAUCGCCUCGUCGGCGUGGUCGCGUAUUUAUCUUCGUAGCGCACAAGAUGGCAACACCCGUGUCAAUGGAGCUGAGAAACGUCUACUCCAGUGUCCGCAGUGAUGACGCCGGGGGACGCAUUCGACUUCCUACGCGGACACUGCUACAGCCUGCAGCAAUCCUCAAUGCGGAGGUGGUAGAGGACGAGGCGGCAAAGUCGUUGCUGGCCUUGGCAGGCGGCAGCCGCACCACCGGCUCUCCUGAUGCACCUCUCUCCUUCAAGGAGGAAUACUGCUGCGCGGUGGAAGCGGAGACAUACGCGACAACCGAGGAUGAGACGCUGGGCCGCCACACUGCGUCCAUCGGCUCCACCACGACCCAAAUCACGCAACUCCGGGAGAGUUUCUGGCGGAGUAUUCACGACCGAAGCGAGUUUCGACCAAGCGAGGGAGGAUCAACGGUGAUCAAUGCGCAGCGCCUCUUGGGAAAGGUGGAGGUGGUGGAGCUGGCAAAGGUAAGAGCGCUGGGGUUGCCGAUGGGCCCAUCCACAGCGACAAUGCAAUCCCAAUUGCUGCUGCCCUCCGCUUUGGUGGAUGUCGCGGGUGCCAGCGAGGCGCUGGUAUCUGUGGGCGAUGAUUUCGCGAAGGCGGAAGAUAAGGAUGUGCAGCACCGGCAAGCAGCACAGCAGGAUCUCUUGUCCAACCAUGAAAUCGAUAUCGUUGAAGACGUGGACACCCCACCUCAGCACACGGCGAGUGCACCCCAAACACUGGCGCCUCUGGGCACUAUCAUGUCCCCUUGCUUGUUGCCGGUUCUCACCCCGAUUGCCGCGUCGGCGACUGCGGUAUCAGUUGAGGCGCCAAGAGAACCAGGAUUCGCGGCUCAGCUUGAGAUGACACCGUCGACUGCUGCGUCUUUGCCUGUGUCUCUUCCACCCGAGUCGUUGGCGACAUUGCCAGAGGUCGCGGAAGCAUCCGCGGGCCUGCUGUCACCGCGGAAUUCCCCUCUAGAUGGCGAAAGGGAUCUCCUGUGCGUUGGGCACGGCGGAGGCGACAUCGGCGAGGCAGUGGAUCAGGGCGACGGAGAGGGUCUUGCAGUCACGGAGGGAGAAGAGGGGAUUGAAGAGGACACGAGCCCUCCUGCCACAGAAGUGAAGAAUGUCGGGGUGGGUACGAGCGGAAAUGCGUGGGUCAGAAGUGAAGGUGCACACGACGCCGCCAUGACCCCGCACUGGCGCUCUGCAGGCCACCCACUCUCCACUCCUCUAUCAACGCCUUUUUAUAAGCUGCAACCCCAGCGACAGCGACUCGGCACGAACAAAUUCACUUGGGGCGACGCGGAGACGGACGAGGCGCAGCGGCGGUACAUCCGCGAUCAAAUUGUGCAAGAGGAGGCGGCGACAGUGAUACAGCAGGCGUGGAGAGAUUGUGCAGCGACGCGGCGGCGGCGUCAGCUGUACUUGCUGUUGUGA